CCUGCCCGGGCUGCUGGCCGCCUCCCCCCCGAGGGCCCGGCUCCCGUUGCUGCAGCAGCAGUGGCAGCAGCAGGAGCGGCAGCAGCAGCAGCUCCGGGGCUAGCGAAGCCCGGCUCCCCGCCGCCCUCCCCGCGCCCGGCCAUGCCUAGCUCCAUCUACCAGCCCGAGGGAGGGGAGGCGGCGGCGGCGGCGGCAGCGGCGGGACCGCCCCACGGCGGCGGCCUGGGGAUGCUGAGCCCCGGCCCCGGACAGCAGCAGCAGCAGCAGCAGCAGCAGCCCCCCGCGCCCCCGCCGCCGCCCCCGCCUACCCCGCCGCCGCCCCCGCCGCCCCCGAUCCCAGACCAGGGUGCCGAGGGGGCAGCCCCGCCGGAGCAGGAGGAGGCGGCCGCCGCCGCCCUGAGGUUCGCCCUGGACCAGCUCUCCAUCUUGGGGUUGGAGGAAGAGGAGGACGACGAGGAAGAGGAAGAGGAGGAAGAAGGCGGGGUGAACGGCGAGGCCUGCGCCGAGGAGGAAGAGGAGGAGGAGGAGGACGAUGAAGAGGAAGAAGAAGCAGCCGACGGCGCCCUGGAAGACCUGGACCCCGCCACCGGGCCCGGGCUGGACGCCCCCGGAGGGGUGGCCGUCGGGACGGGGGGCGUUCUGGGAGCCCUCCAGAUGUUGGACACGGACGUGAGUCCCCCGGCCUCCAACACCACGUCCCCGCCAGAUGUGUUCAGCAACUUCCACCACCACCCACACCUGAGCCACCACUCCAUCCUGGCGGAGCAGAUGAGUGUGAUCGGCAGCCGGAAGAAGAGUGUCAACAUGACCGAGUGUGUCCCCGUGCCCAGCUCGGAGCACGUCGCCGAGAUCGUGGGGAGACAAGGAUGCAAGAUCAAGGCGCUUCGAGCCAAGACCAACACGUACAUCAAGACCCCGGUGCGGGGGGAGGAGCCCAUCUUCAUCGUGACCGGGCGCAAAGAGGACGUGGAGAUGGCUAAGCGGGAGAUCCUGUCGGCUGCGGAGCACUUCUCCAUGAUCCGAGCCACCCGCAACAAGGUGAACGGCCUGACGGGGGCCGUGCAAGGGCCCCCCAACCUCCCGGGGCAGACCACCAUCCAGGUCCGUGUGCCCUACCGGGUGGUGGGGCUGGUGGUGGGGCCCAAGGGAGCCACCAUCAAGCGGAUCCAGCAGCAGACCCACACGUACAUCGUGACCCCGAGCCGGGACAAGGAGCCCGUGUUUGAGGUGACGGGCAUGCCAGAGAACGUGGACCGAGCCCGCGAGGAGAUCGAGGCCCACAUCACCAUGCGCACGGGCUCCUUCAUCGACGCUGGCGCAGAGAACGACUUUCACUCCAACGGCACCGACGUCUGCCUCGACCUGCUGGGGGGGCCCGCUGGGCUCUGGGCCAAAGCCCCCAACCCGGCCCGGCGGCCCUCGGCGGGCCUGCGCGCGGACAGCCUGGCCCCCGCCGAGGCCUUCUACGGCAGCCGGGCUCCCGCGGCCGAGCCGGGCCCCACCAGCCCUUACGGGCCCGGGCCCGGCCCCGGGGGAGGCGGCGGCUUCGGCUUCGGGGGCGACAAUCAGUCCGGGGCCCCGCCCGCCCCGCCGCUGGGCUCCGAGGACUGUGACUUUGGCUUUGACUUCCUGGCCCUCGACCUGACCACGCCAGCUACCAUCUGGUCCCCCUUUGAGCGCACCAACCCCCUGCAGGCCUUCGGAGGCUGCCCUUCGGUCCCGGGCUGCCCCCAGCGGAGGAACAGCGGGCUCAGCGGGGCCGCCACCCCCCGCCACUCGCCCACGCUGCCCGAGCCGGGGGGCAUCAGCCUGGAGCACCCGCUGGCCCGGCGCAUCCCCAGCGAGCCCGUCAGCGCCCUCUCCUGGCUCCCGGGGCCGCAGGGCUCGCUCUCGUCCUUCUCCAACAGCACCGGCUAUUCGUCAUCUUCGUCAUCCUCCCUGCCGGGCAGUGUGUCAGCAGCGUCGGGCUCUCCCACAGACUCCAGCAGCUCCGAGGGCGCCCGCAAGGCCUCCCGGGACUGCAUGGUGUGCUACGAGAGCGAAGUCAUCGCCGCCCUAGUCCCCUGCGGCCACAACCUCUUCUGCAUGGAGUGCGCUGUCCGGAUCUGCGGGAAGGCUGAGCCCGAGUGCCCUGCCUGCCAUACCCCAGCCACCCAGGCCAUUCAUAUCUUUUCCUAGCUGCCCCCCGCCCUUCAGCCGGGGGAGGGGAGGGAAGGGCGCAGGGGCCAGCUUAGAAGAGAGGAGAAAGGGGGAACCUCCCCGCCCGUCGCUCCUCCUCCUCCCCCUGCCUUCCCCCAAGCACCCCUUUUUAAGAACCCCUGUCCGCUCCGACCUUUUUUAUUUAAAAAACAUGACUCCCAGGGGGAGGAGGAGGAGGAGGGAUGGGGGGAGGGGAGAGGAGUUUUGGGGGAGGGGGGCCGGGGCCGGGGGGAGGGAGGGAGAGCUGGUCAGGGGGAACGGGGGAGGUAUGUGAAUCGGGCUCGGGGUGGGGAAGAAGGGGGGAAUAGAAAACCAGAGAAAAAACAAACCUCCAAUGUUUACAGAAUAGCUUUAACUUGGACCCCAGGUGUGGAAGCUGCCGGCACUAGGCAGACUGGCUGUCCUACAGUUAUUUCCAAAUAACAGUAUUCAGUUGAAAAGUUAAAAUAAACAGAGAGAAGAGGUCCAAUGGCACUUUUUAUUUAGAACACACAAGGGUUGUCUUUUUUAUAUUUCUAAACCUUCGGGGGUGGGGGGGGUUUGUACGGAGCAUUCUUUGCUAGGCUUUUCAGUCUCUCCUCGGAGGGCCAAGGGCUCCCUCCGCCGGGCUGCCCACCUGCCUGCGGAGAACAUCGUCUUCCUUCUUUCUUUUUUAAGGGAGGGCUUUCAAUUUGGGGGGGUCCCUGGGCAAAGCGGGACGAGGCCCCAGCUGGCCCCGGGGAGGGAAGGGGAGGGGGAAGGAGAAGGAAGAGGAGGAGAAAGGAGGAGGGUUCCGGUGCCACUGGGCGGGGGAGGGGGAGUUAGCCAGGAUGGAACCUCAACCAAUCGGACAGCAGGGGGCGGGGAGGCAGUACAGACCACACCUGGGCGGGAGGGAGGGGCCACUUGGGGUGGGGAGGGGACAGAACUGUCAUGUCACGAACAGAAGAAACCUACCUUUUUUUAAAAAGAAAAAAAUUUCUCCUUUUGCUGAUUAUGUCUUUAAGUUUUUAUUAUUUUUUUAGUUUUAUUUUUUUAUUUUUUACCUUGUGUAUAUGUAGGGAAUUUAUAGGAAAAUAUGUACUUUAUUGAAUAAAUUUUAAGAACUAAAAUAUAUUUUAUUUUAAAGAAAAUAACGGACCUUUAACCUUACACAGCUAAAGUACUGAUUAUAUAUUUGCUGAGCUGACUUGACGGUUAAGAAAAUUGUAUCAAGAGUUUUAUUUUUUGACUUCAAAGCCUUCUUAAUAAAGUCUUUUUACUCUAUAUAAA